GACGAGCCUCGCCUGGGUCUAAGUGUACGGAGGAUGGAAACGCAUGCUCAGCCAUGUCUCUGGGCCGCCUCCUUCGCCGGGCCUCCUCCAAGGCCUCGGACCUCCUGACCCUCACCACGGGGGGCAGUGGUGGGUCCCCCUCCGUCCUGGAUGGAGAGAUCAUCUAUUCCAAGAACAAUGUCUGUGUGCACGCGCCUGAGGGGCUACAGGGCCCUGGGGAGCACCACCCAGGGUACCUGUGCCUGUACAUGGAGAAAGAUGAGCUGCUGGGGGCUACCCUCAUCCUGGCAUGGGUCCCCAACUCUCGCAUCCAGAGGCAGGACGAGGAGGCCCUACGCUAUAUCACCCCCGAGAGCUCACCGGUGCGCAAAGCACCCCGGCCUCGGCGCCGACGCACCACGAGCCUGGGGGCCCCCUACCAACCCUCUCCCACAGAGCCAAGGCCUCCCCUGAUCCCCAAAGACGAAGACAUCCUGGCGGUAGUUCAGGACACGCAGGAAACUGUGCACAUCAGCCCUACAGAGGAAGACCAAGAAAAGCUGGCCCAGGGCCCAGAGGCGGAUGGGCCCCUGCCCGCUUCACAGCCUGUCCACAGUGAUUCCGGGAUCUUGUCUGCAGUCAGCUCCCAGGACGGGACCGAGGAUGGCCGGGAGCCGCGGCCUGAGGCCGUGGAGGAAGAGGGCUCCCUGGAGCUGUCCGCUGAUGGCGUGAGCAGGGAUAGCUCCUUCGACUCCGACUCGGACGCCUUCUCUUCACCUUUCUGCCUGUCACCCAUCAGCGCGGCCCUGGCGGAGGGGAGCGGCCCUGCAUUCCUGGAGAGCGAGGGCAGGUGAGUUCCUAAUGCAGAGCUGCCCAGACCUGACGUGGCUUACAAGAAGG